AAUUAUAAGGUACCAUCCAUCGCUCUCCUCAAAAGCUGUGCAAGGCCAGCCAGCUCGCCAACUGCACUCGCCACCAACUACUUACUCCAUUCGAACUCUGUCUGCAACACUGCCUGGGCAGAGCCAAAGCCACCUGAGCCAGAAAGACAACGCAGCAUCUCGACCCCCUGUCACUGUACUCGUCACUCGACCGUCAACUACACUUGGGAACUCCGUGUACCAUGCCAGAAUCUUACUUGAUCACUGGUGGUAAUGGCCUCUUAGGCAGCCACGUCGUUCGGCUGCUCUUGGAACGCGGUGAGACCGCUGUGGCUGUCUUCGACAUUGCGCCGUCAGCAGAUCCUGAUCCACGCGUCAGAGUGUUCUUGGGAGAUAUCACGAACAGGGAGGACCUCGCGCGAGCAGUGAAGGAUAGCAAUCCUACGUGUAUCAUACACACCGCUUCAUUGAUUCAAGGCGCACCGAAGGAUGCGAUGUUUCGGGUCAACGUCGAAGGUACGCGACGCGUGAUAGAGGCGGCCAGGGCGGAAUGGGUGCAAAAGCUCGUGUACACGAGCAGCGCAAGCGUCGUGUUCGACGGCCGCGAUCAAGCAGGCGUAGACGAAAGCGUGCCAUAUCCGGAGGUCCCCUUCGACGACUACAAUGACAGCAAAGCGGUGGCGGAACGCCUGGUAUUGGCCGCGAACGAGGAGGGAGAUUCGGGGCUGAAGACGUGCUCACUACGAGUUGCAGGCCUGUUCGGACCGGGCGACCGCAACGCUCUUCCUGGAUUUAUGGGGGCCCUCCAGGCGGGCCGCACGGGCACGCAGAUCGGCAACAACCAGAACAAGUUCGACUUCACCUACAUCCCGAACGCGGCGUACGCGCACCUUCUCGCCGCAGACCGUCUUUCUCCCUCGCACCCGAAGCACGAUGACGUCACCGGACAGGCAUUCUUCAUCUCGAACGGCGCACCGGUGCCGUUCUGGGACUUCCCCAGGGCGCUGUGGAAAGAGGCGGGCCACGUCCCUACGAAGAUCACCGUCAUCCCGCGGAGCGUGGCGAUGGUGCUCGCGAUGCUCAUAGAGCUCUGGGCGUGGCUCACGGGCACGCAGCCGGUGCUGACGCGCUUUAGGGUCGCAAUGGUGACGGCAACUCGGUGGUGUGAUAUUUCGAAGGCGAGACAAGCGCUGGACUACGAGCCUCAAUACAGUAUGGAGGAGGGAAUACACAAGUCGGUCGAGUGGUGGUUGGAGUCGCAGAGAAGUCGAGAGAAGAAGCUCUGAGCGAGGAGAGGUCUGGCGCUACCCAUUGGGUCAGCUCAUCCUUGCAGCUAUGUCAGAAGUCGGCGCUCGCUCUGACAGGCUUACUCCGCCAUAAAUCCUCUUUCCCGGGUUCUGUCUCAUGGAUUCUGGUAUUGUAGAGCCUUUGAAUAGGGACCCUAUCGCUUAAUCUCACCUCCUUCGAGCUGACUCGAGGCAAGCCAUUCACUAAUACUCUGAAUGGUUCGCUCGGGAUGCCUCUGUUGAGAGGAUUUCACAUAUGUAGAACCAGUUAUAACGAGGGCGCCUCCUUCUGCGCCUGGCGCGAAAUUGAAUUCGAACAGCAUGAGAUGGA